UGCCAAGUCACACCUUGACUGACCGGAAAUUGCGUCGAAAUCUUAAUUAGUCGUGCAAGCGCAACUUUCUCUUUCGUGGCGUAAUAAACAUCGUCAUCCAAAGCUUUGAACGAUGGAUUUGGUGAAGGCGUACGUAUUGUUACUUCUUGGAGUUGAUUUGUUAUUGUCGAGAACAGGUAAAUGAGAGAGGAAUAUUUGAUAACUCUAAAGUUCAUGAAGUCCAAGCACUUAAGCAAAUGUCGAGUUUAAUUAUAUGGUUACUCGAGAUCGUGGCGUUUUAGAUUUAUCCUGAACGUCAGACUGACCCAGCACUUUACUUUCGAGUUAAAUCAAUAGAAAAUGAAUUCUUGAGUAAAAAAUCAUGGGAUAGAAGGCGUUUUGAUUGAUUACGAUUCAGGUUUUUUAGGACUUGCAAGCCGAGCGACGGAUGAGGAUGAAAUAAUUUGCAACGAGAAGGAAGUGGCAGUUUGCGUGUCUAACCAUUGAUAAUCAAAUUUAUGUAUAAUGUAUAGUGUUGGUUUAGUAAUCAUGUUAAAUAACCAACAUCCUUCACUAGCUUUCAUCCAGUUGUGGCUAUAGAGCUGUUUGCUUUGUAUUCAUCGCGACAGUACGCUGAUCUUCAUAAAGUUGGGAAACGAUUGUAAUAUAAAGCGUGACUAACGUGACUGAUGACGUCACGAUAAACUGUACAUGACAUGAAAUGUGUAACGCAACCCAGGCGUGUUGCAUGGGAAAAUCAAUGGAUUUACAUAUUGUACUAACUUUUAUUUUAUUCUUUUUUUUACAAUAUUACACUGCUUGCUUGUUUAAAUGAAAACUAUGUGAAUUAAAACGAUUUGAGAGAUUCUUCGAUAAUCUGACUUUAAGCGCUCGUCUUUCUUGCGGAUGUGGAUUAUUCUAAGAAGGUUGACUUAAGUCGCUAUUUCUUAGAUCUUCCUACCCUGUGUAAAUUGUGUAUCCUUUAGAGGGGGAAUAAUGAUUGUGAUGAUAACGAUUUUCUCCGAGAAAACUCAAAUAUGAUUUUCUGCUCGUAACAGUUAACCCAGUAAACAGUGCAUCCUCUCACAGACACAUAAAGACACACUUCACUGUCACUAAUUAUUGGUCUAACUUCUAUGUAAUUAUGUUUUUCUAGAUGGAGAGAGGCUAUGUUCUUGUUAUGCCUUCAAUAAAAGACAAUGGUUAUGGCCAGAUGCAAGGGACUCCUGUAAAUCCAGUAAUAAAACACUCGCAGUGAUAGAAUCAGAGCAGGAAUGGCAAUUUAUUAAAACUGAGAUUCAAAAUAAAAAAUCAGGCGGCCAAUAUAAUGAAUGGUUUAUAGGCUUGGAAAAAAAUUCAACAACAAAGAUAUGGACUUGGAUCAAUGGUAAAUCUUUGACUAUUGACAAAUGGCAUAAAAAUGGCAUUAACCGAGAUGACCCUUACGCGCUGAUUCACAAGGAGUAUCCAAAGGGAUUUAAAGGAUCAUUUAGUUCCAUUAGGGCCGAUUUGCGAAGAGCAUGGAUUUGCGAGGAGGAAACAGGUAUUGAUCACAGCCUGAACGAGUAAAAUAUUUUUCAAAUCGACCGCUGUUGUUAUACACGAGUUUGAAUUUUCUAUAGGCUAACCUCACCCUCCCUUCCCCGUCCUUUAUCUUUCCCAUCCCAACCCAUUCUUUCCAAAGGCUGCCAAUUGCGACCACCUCACCUCUGACAGUCCAUCACCAUCAGGGGAGCAGACUCUGUAAUCGUAGCCGCAUAUUUACUCAAAGCUUUCUAGAUUAUAGGGACGUGACAUAGAAAAUUUAUUACUGAUUCGAGGCAUUAAGUUGGUCUGAGAAACAACACACUUUCCCGUAAUCGGAAUAUUACUCGACAAAUGUAUAAUCAGAGUAGUUAUUUUUCUUGAACAGAUACCUGUCAAGGAAUUUGUUUCGUCCAUCCCGUUCUUACCAGCACAAGUCCUACUGGAACAUCAACUGAGACGAAAGUUGUUACCACACAAGGAGAGACCUCAACUGAACAGGAUAUCACUACUGUACCUGGUAAGAUCAUCGAUCGAUUGUUAAUUUGAGGAUAAUCAUGUAAAAGAGCAAUUCCCACUGAAGUAGAACGAAGUUUGUUUUGUUUGAAAUUGUUUCUGUUUUGCUUCGAUUUGCUUUGGUUUUUUUUUUUUAAUUUGGUUUGUUUGUUUGUUUGUUUGUUUUUUUUUUCGUUUCGUCUGUUCGUCUGUUUUUUUAGCAAAGGAAAAUACAUUUCUUUGAAUUUUAUAAUAGUUUUCCUCGUUUGACGGUUUCUUGUUCGUUUCUCAGCUUGAGGGUGACAGUGGGUAAAGUUAGGGUGAGAGCAGUCUGAAUUGUACAGUGUUAACAAUCGGGACCACUAUUUAGGAUAAGUAAAAGACGGUUUAAUGUCAAUUAUUAAUGCUUUAAUUGUAGGGUCUUCAACAACUGUCUCCACCCCUACUACGGCGAAAUCAACAUACGAAGCGAAAUCAACAGACGAAGCGAUAUCAACAGACGAAGUGAAAUCAACAGACAAAGCGAUAUCAACAGACGAAGCGAAAUCAACAGACGAAGCGAUAUCAACAGACGAAGCGAAAUCGACAGACAAAUCGAUGUCAACCGAAAAAGUCAUCAUGGAUGACAGCAGCAGCUCUUCCCCCUCGGUUGUAGUAGUGGCUGCAUCUUUAGGAGCAGUGCUUUUUGUGGCGUUGAUCAUUCUUAUUGCAGUCAUAGUACUAAGGCGAAAAAAACGUCAGGGAAAAGGUAGAGUCUCCAAGCGUUUUAAGGAUUAAACCAUUAUUAUUAUUUCACACAUGAAAAAAAAAUUGUCAUCAUAUGAUGAUUUAGAAUCUCUUCCUUCGAGGAGGUCACUUACUGUACGUCUGCCUCUCGGUGAAAAUCACCGACUCUGUCAAACAUUUUUCCAAUGAUAUUUAGUUUUGACUGAAUCCUUGGCUUGUGAAGUCGAAUAUUGCUGUCGUACCAAAGUGACUUACAUUUCAUAUGCCUGAAAUGGAAAUUGAUUUCUCUUACCUUAUAUCAAAAGUCCAUAACUGGUUAAUUCCCGACUCUUCUUUUCUUUGUCAUCUCGGUGCUCAUAAGCGAUAUUGAAUUGAAAACCAGCUUUGAAUAAUAGUAAGUAGUUUAAUAAAUGUUGAAACAAUAGAUUUUACGAUGAUCACAGGUAAAACACAAAAAAAGUGAUGUAGGUUACACUUAUAUGUCCAUGAUAUCAAAAACAUUCUUUCCUUGUCGCUUUAGCCACUAUUACUGUUUGCCAAGAAAAAAAAUGCGGUGUUAGAGAAGGUAAUAUUUCUUUUUUUUUUCCGAUGAAGAAAGUGCUGCACCAAAGAAGUCAGCGCCGAAAAGGUCAGUAUUUCUUGUUUGAUUAUUUGUUGUUCGUUAAUUUUUUUUUUCCUCGAAUGUUUCGAGUUUCUUACAACACAUUAUUGCCAAAUGAUAUAGCCGGCUGUUAGUUACUGAAUUGUACAGGGUAAGGUAAGCUCAGCAUAACAGCUAUUGCUGGAAUUCCCAUCCUUUCGUAGCAUGGAGCAAUCACGAGUAUUGCUACUUUCCCCUUCCUUAAAUAGAAUGCCAGUCCAUUGCAGGGUAACCCCUGCCCCCUUAUAUUUCGUCAGUUAUCCUUGUUAAACGAGGUCUGUAGAUACCAGUCAAUACUCCUGGAUGGAGAGAGCUAUUGGAAGAGCUGAUUCUAAACCCUUAGCAAGGAGUUGUGUAAACAUCAUUAAACAAAAUAACCUGCAAUGGAAAUGAUUAUCAGAAUGAUACUCAAACGGUACCCAUCACAUGUUGCUGAUAAACAAGACUACUCCACCACCACCCCCUCUCCUCCCUUUUUAAAAAAGACAAUGAAGUAAACAUUAGUUCUACAUUAAUCAUGUCAUUUUUCUUUUAUUAAACCAGUGAAAAAGACCACUUAGGAGAGAGCCAGUAUGAAUCUGUAAAUCCAGUUGAAGCCGCAAAGCUUCUUAGGUCAGCCAACACCUCCCCCGAUAUGAGUAAGACUAGGUACGAACCACCACCAGAAGAUUGUGAAUAUGCCGUUGUCAACAAGGCAAACAAGAAGGUGAGCAUUGAGCUUAAAACUUUGAAACGUAAUUGAGAUUGCGUGUAGUUUUGAGUCAAUUUCCACCAGAGCGAUGGACUGUAAUAAACGAGAUAUGUACAGCAGAUGAAAGAAAAGAUUCAUGUAAGUAUACAAGCGCAUUGGAAAGAAUUGUGCACAUGAAAAACAUAAUAAACAUUCUAAUCUAAGUAGGGAAUCUAAAUAUUGAUCUUUGCUAGAUCGAGUCCUAUUGCAUUGAAAUUCUGCUACAUGUGUCUUCUGCCAAAAAAAGAAAAAAAGGGGAUCACCGCUGUAUCAUAGACUUGUCUGUAGCAUUACCGCCAAGUUGCGCAUUUUUAUUGAUUAUUCUUAUUACUUUUAUUCAAGCGAAAGGAGGCAGACCUUGUGUAUGCUCAACUUGCUGAAUUUGACCAUGAAACUGACUUUGCAAAGCCACCAAAACCACCCAGCUAUGAGCCCACGGUAUACGCUGAUGUUGAAGCAAUGCCUCCUGAGUUGCCUGGUAGAGAGGAUCCAGACUCCUCACAGCCAAUGUACGCAAAUCUUGAAACGACUGGUGUCUGA